UAUUAUGUAUAGAAAGUAAUUGUGCUAAUCAUAUGUUGAAUGAACGAAAUUGUGAACUUGGUUCUUUUUGAACGAACCAUUUGUCAGUACUUGGAUUAAUAACCGUUCAACCGUUGAAUUCUGCUAAACUGAACGCUUUAUAACGCAUUUAGUCUGUUUGAAAAAUCUGUGAAUUCUUGUUAAUACUUCAAGUUUUACAAUAUGAACAAUUCAUCAAUUUCGUCAUCUGUCUUAUCUUUUAAUGAACCGUAUACGGAGGAACAAGAAAUGGCACUUUAUAAGAGUAUAAAAAUGAAUCUACAAGAUAUUCAAAACGACACGUUUAAUAUCAAUUUGAACUUCAAAAAUAUACAAAAAGAACUGCACAUCUCAAGUUCAUUGAUAAAAGCGAUUGAAAAACAGAAUCCAGUUGACACAUCCGAAGCCGAAACCAGCUCCGAGUCUUGAAUUAUAAUACUUUGAAUAUUUUUUAUCUUAUUAAUAUCUUAUUAACAAAAUUAUGUUAUCUCUUAUCACAUUUGUAGUUCUUCUCUCAUUGCUGUGGACAAGCAUGGCUACGACAAUGCAAGGAAGUGUCACAACUACAACGUGGGGUUCGGUAAAUGGUCAGGAAGUGAAAAAGUUUACCCUGAAAAAUCAAGCUGGUCAGGAAGUGGAUGUUAUAUCAUAUGGUGCAACAAUAACAUCCAUCAGGACACCAGAUAAGGAGGGUAACGUAGCAGAUGUUGUGCUUGGUUUUGAUGAUAUCAAAGGAUACCUGUCGUCAAAUAAUCCGUAUUUCGGUGCCACCGUCGGACGAGUUGCAAAUCGUAUCGGCAAAGCAAGCUUUGUCGUAGAUGGCCAACGUUACAAUGUAUCGAAAAAUAUAGGCGAGAAUAGUCUUCACGGCGGUACUCGCGGAUGGAGUAUGAAGGUGUGGAAUGCGACAGUUGAGGGCAAUUCCGUGGUCAUGACCUUGAUCAGUCCCGAUGGCGACGAAGGCUAUCCAGGGGAAGUGAAAGCAAAAGUUAUCUUCCAAUUGUGCGACAAUGGAGAACUACGUAUAGAGAUGCAGGCUACAUCUAAAAAAGCUACUCCGAUCAAUUUGACGAAUCACAGCUACUUCAAUCUUGCUGGACAUACCACAAACGCAACAGAGUUGUACAAACACGUGUUCACGAUGAAUGCAGAUCGUUGGACUGUUACAGACGCGGAAAGCAUUCCCACCGGCGAGCUUAGGCCUGUUAAAGAUAGCAUUAUGGAUCUUAGAAACUCCACCGUUCUAGGUGACGUUAUUAAUGAAGUACCAGGCGGAGGUUAUGAUUACAAUUUCUGUUUGCCGGAACCGCAUGAUCACAAAAAGGUCAGCUUUGUUGCUAAGGUGCUGCAUCCGUCUUCGGGACGUCUUUUGGAAGUGCAUUCGAAUCAGCCGGGUGUGCAGUUAUAUACUUCCAAUUUUCUACCCGAAAAAAAUGACACAGGUGUUCUGGGCAAAUUAUCAGCAUCAUAUUUCAAACAUGCCGCUUUCUGCUUGGAAACACAAAAUUAUCCCGAUGCCGUAAAUCAUGAAAAUUUUCCAAACAGCAUAUUACGACCAGGCGAUACGUACAAUCACACUGUAAUAUACAAAUUUGGAGUGGAAAUUUAAAAUCUAUUCCCUGCUGCAUUCUUCAGAGUAAACUGGAAGAAUUUAUAUAAUAAUAAUACAAAUAUUAAAGAAGAAUCUGUCUAUUAAUGCUCUUUUGUAAUUGCAACUAUAUUAAAUAUUUUUUAUGUA